CAGCUAAAGGAAAAAAGGGGAUUUUAUAAAUUUGGAAAGAAUUGAAAUUAAAUGAAAAAUGAGAAAGUUUAUGAGAGGCAGCUUUAAUUAUUUGGGGACAGACAUGACUAUGAAAAGAGACGUUUCAUGGAAUGCCGAGGAGAGCACGUACUCACAUGCUAUGGUCUCCAAACUUAUAUUAUAUUGCAUUUUUAAUUUAAUUUCUACAGUUUUUAAUUUCUUAGAGGGAGAUUCAUAUUCAAUUCAAUUGAUUUCUAACUGUUUUAUUUUGUUCAAUAAUUUUUUUUAAUAGUAUAUUUGAAGUUGAACAUCCUGCCACAAUAUAAGACCCAAUCCACCCCCUCUUAAAAAAGAGGAGAAAGGACCAAACUUUUUGAGAAAUACCACGACCAAAUUUCCAUGGCUAAGCUUGUCACCAACGCCAAGAAAAAGAAUGGCAUUGUGAAGCUCAAGACCGCUGUGGGGAAGCUGCAAAGAAGCCUUUCAUUAGGUCGAAGGUCCAAUGCUAGCCACGAUGAGUUCGACUACGAAGCCGGUGAUGACGACUCUGGUACUUCGGUACCGGGAGACAUCAAGGAAGGCCAUUUUGCGGUCGUGGCGGUCGAUGCCGAGGAGCCGAAGCGAUUCGUCGCCCCGUUGAGUUGUUUGACCAACCCGACGUUUUUGAGGCUGCUGGAGGCGGCGGCGGAGGAGUAUGGAUUCGAUCACGAGGGAGCGCUGACGGUGCCGUGCCGGCCGAGCGAGAUGGAGAGGAUCUUGGCGGAGCAAUGGGGGGAGGAGGAGGAGGAGAGCGGCUGCAUUUGGGGAUAGUGAUCGUUGGAGAAACCAUAACGUGGGACUUUGAAGCUAUUGAAAUGACCAAUGGAAGGAGGUUGUUUUUUUCUUAGCUUCAACUCUUCACGCCAAUUUGUAAAACUCUCACUAUUUUUCCAAUGCAAAAUUUGGUAUUUUGAGAAUGGCCUAACUAUAAAGUUUAUGGCCAUUCGAUCAUUUCUGUUGUCUUGUGUUUGGUGUGAAUUGUUACUUUUACUCUCUACGUUUUUCAACAUGUGUCGUUUUUCUACUUCCAUUUGUCUUAUUUUAUGUCUCUACUUUUCUUUUGUAGAAACAAUAAGUCUUAAAAUGGUGUGCAAAAAAAAAUAAUAAUAAUAAAAAAUCAAAUAA